AAUCUGCUAGUUCUAUGAUUUAUCGGCAAUAAUCUUUGUUUCGGAUUGGUCAACUUUGUUAUUGAUGGACAAUCCUGAUGAUAUAUUUUUUUUUUUGCGUUAUUAUUAGUUGAACUUCCAAGUUAUUCUUGUAUUGUUAAUUAGGGGAUGUUAUGUUGAUCUGAUGGUUUUAUUUGAGAUAAAUAUUUUUGUUAAUUAUGCACUAAUUUGUUAUGUCAACAUGGCGGUGAUGUGGGUAUAAUUUUAUUGGUGUUUUUAUCAGAAGUGGGUGAUGUGUCAGUUGUACCUUAUCAGCUCUAGAUGACAUCCUACUCUGGUUUUUGGAUGGUGUCUUUAGAUCAGGUUUUGUUAGUCAGUUAGUAUUAACAAAUUAAGUUCCUGUUGAGCAUAUUUUUUAUCUGAAUUUUUGAGUUUGGCCAAUUAAAUUCCUGGAGAUAGCCUUUUUUCCAGUUUCUGGAGAUAAGAUUGUGUGCACUUCUUCUACCUAGUGGGAGUAUUCUAAAUCAGGCCACCCAUUUUUUUAUUGUGUUGAUAAUUUAGGGUUGUAUGUAUCAAAAAGUGGAAAUGAUUGAUAGAGUGAUCUUGUGAAAAUAGCUUUUAGUUUGUAUAGUCAACAAACUUUUAGUAUUUUUCUUCCUCUUUGAAUCCCCCUUAUAUUUGAAGGGAAGGCAAAAAUGGGCGUGAAGGGAUUUUGCCACCCUUAAGUUAGAAGUCCCAAAUUCAGUAGGAUAAAUUACUUGAAUGGUUAGCCUUGAGAUUUUCAUAUGUAAUAGAUUGGUCUUUUUGGUUAAACUUUCUUAUGCUUAAGUCCUAACAAACUGUAUUACAUUAAGAGUUGGGUUAUGGAAUGAGCUACAUUGUGGUCCAAAUUGAAUACCGAUAGGUGACAAUGUAAGGGGUCCUACAUUGAAUAAGAUAAACUACUUGAUGUGGUACUGAAGACUUGAGGUUCUCCCACCUAAUAAACUAAUCUUUUGGAUUGAGUUUUCCUCUUGUACUCAAGUCCUAACAAUUUUCCUUCCCAUCCCUUCCGUUUUCAGCUAACCAAACACUAUAUUACGGUUUGAUCUGAAAUCCAGGAUUGCUACUUAGGUUACCAAGUUUGCAUCUGCAUAACUGAGAAGAGAACAAUUUUGUGAUACUGAAGUCUAAAGUGUGCAACAUAUGGUAGUGCGCAUGGAAGAUGUUCUGUUGGAUACCAGUUGGGAAGAUGUAAUCUGCCCUAUAUGCUUGGAAGUUCCUCAUAAUAGUGUGCUCCUUCAGUGUUCAUCUUAUGAUAAGGGGUGCCGUCCUUUUGUAUGUGACACAAGUCAAUUGCACUCAAAUUGUUUAGAUCGUUUUAAAAGAACACAAAUGUCCGAUGCAAAUUCCGUGGCAAAUAGUGACUCAGUGGUAUCUGAUUGUCAAUACAAUUUAAGUUGUCCCUUGUGCAGAGGUGAUGUUUCUGGAUGGAUUAUAGUUGAUAAAGCUCGUGUGCAUCUUGAUGAAAAGAAGCGUUGUUGUGAUGAGCAGCAAUGUGCAUUUGUUGGAAGUUACUCCGAGCUGCAGAAACAUGCUCAGCUGGAACACCCUUAUGGUUGUCCAUCAAAAAUUGAUCCUGCCAGGCAGCUUGAUUGGGAAAAUUUUCAGCAGUCAUCCGAGAUUGUAGAUGUUUUGAGCACUAUUCAUUCAGAAGUUCCACGUGGAGUGGUUUUAGGAGAUUAUGUGAUUGAAUAUGGGGAUGAUGAUAGUGCAGAUGAUUUUGAGGACUUCCCUGGAGAUGAAGGUAACUGGUGGACCUCUUGUAUUUUGUAUAAUGCCUUCAAUAACUUUAGAAGUUCUAGAAACCGAAGAAGGGCAAGAGCUGGUGAUCCUAGUAGGGGUAAUCGCCCUUUAAGCUCUGAUACUUCAAAUUCUGAUGAAGGUUCUGUAGCAUCUGUAGAUUAUGGCGAGUAUAGGCUAGAAGAGAUUGAUGAUGAUUUUGUUAGUUCAAUUGGCCCUUUGAGGGGUGGCAAUGGUUUUCGCAGAUCACGGAGACGACAUUCUCGUUCCAAUGACAACUAGUAUUCAAGCAGAUACACUCAACAUGAAACCAGUGAGAUCUUGAUGUAGCUCUGCUGUGACUACUCACAAAGGUUACAUUAUGGUAAUCUUAUGCAUUUGCGAUGAGAUAAAUUGAAGCGACUACAUAACAAAAUUAACCAUUUAGUUUAUUUACUCACCAAAGUGAUUCUGCCAGCAUUUGCUGUGUUUAUUAACUGUAGCAAAAUCAAUUAUUUCUUUCGCUUGUACAUAAAACUGCUUAGUUGUGAUGUCUUAGAAUGACUUUUGAGCAGGGAUGUUUCCAUGUUACUUAAAAAUACUAUGUAUUUUGCUUCUCUCAUUUGUGACCACGUGAACCUUGAAAGUACUUUAGGGUCAUGUGGAUGAGAUUUGAAAAUAACAACCUAUGCUUUUGUCUGAAA